AUAUGUGGACGCUAAAUGAGAUGACGCCUAUUUUUUUGCUCUUAAUUAUGUUCAUAAUAGUAAUCCCGUCUGGACUGACAUUAUGAAACGGCAAAAAUCCAAGUAUUUGAACCACCAAAAAAACAAUUGUCAAAACAAAAGUGACAGUCGGCCCGUCCAUUAAUUUUUUAGGUUACUUUAGUACUUUAAUAAACUGUCUCCCUAAUCAGUUCCAUACUAAUCAGGUUUUUAAAAUGCCAAGUUAUGAAUUAGCGCUAAUGUUACGCGCUAUGCCAAAACCUGAAUUGAAAACUGCACUUAAACGUGUCUCACAUGCCAUAUUUAAUCGAGGAGGUAUCAUACGAGAUAUCGAGAACUUAGGUUUUCGUGCAAUGCCGUACAAAACAAGUGCUCACGGUUUAGUUCAUCGAGAAGCAAACUAUUUUGUGUUCAAAAUUGACACAGCGACACAAGCUGUAGCGGAUCUGAAAGAAGAAUAUAGCAGAGAUGUAGAUAUCGUGCGGCAGCGUGUGUACAAGAUUCAAACAGACAGCGAUCAUAAGUGCACCCUGGAGACAGAACUGUUGCCCCCUGCUUAUCGAAAAGAAGUCCAGAAAAUGAUAGAAGUUGGAAAAACUCAGGUCAAUCGUUUUACUUACAAAUUUAAAUAUAAUUCUGGCUUGGACUAUUAUCCCUUCCAAAAGUAAUGUAAUGUUUACAUAAUAUAACUAAACCAUAGAUAGUUGUUAUUGUACAUAAGUAGGCAAUGAAAACAUGAUUUACAGUU